AUGGCCCAAGGCGCAGGCAAACUCAAGUCCAAGGCGCCGAGCGGCGGCCGCAAGAAGGGCGGCCUCACGAAGAAGGGCAAGCGCGAUGCGCCGCCCAAAAAGAUCCAGCAUGUGCGCGAGCGUGCGACGCAGAAGAAACUGUCUAGCACAAUCAACAACUCGAUCGAGCGCCAGAUGGUGAAUGCUGCGUCGGCGGGCAAGCUUACCAUCAUGAGGAACAAGGGCGGCGAGGAGUGA